AUGCUAUCAGAAAAACGCAAAAAAGUAAGAAAAAUGCUGGAAAAAUAUGGAUGGGCUCCUGGGAAAGGUUUGGGAAGAAACAACAACGGUAUCAAAGCUCCCAUUAAGGCAUCUGUGCAGAAAGGUACAAGAGGACUGGGUAUGAAGUCAGACUUUUGUUUGGGUGUUAGGCAGAUUGACGAAUACGCAAAUCUUCUGCGUAAGCUGAAUAACGCCCACAACAAUCCUGAGAAAAUGAAACCAAUCAAUAAAUGUAUAUCAAUCAACUCGAGAAGAAGUACGAAAACUUUAAAGGCUAAGGAUGCAUCUGAAUAUGGUGAGCAAGAUCUUUCUAUUGUUCUUGGAAAUACUAAGUCAUCUUCGGAAGAGAAUAAAGCUUCAUCAGAUGCGUCUGUUAAUAAAUCUGAUUAUAACCUUCCUACUGUGAUAAGUCCAUUAUCCGUCUCUGAAUAUUUUGCCAAAGCCAAGCAACGCAUACUCCAAAGCGAGCCACAAACUUGUACCAAGUCAGUAGAAACUAUUGUCCCAGUUGAUCAAGACACUGCAUCCGUGAGCUCCAAAUCGUGUAUGGAUUUUCACGAUAAAGAGUAUUUCAUUCCGGUAAAGAUUGAUAAUAACAAAGGGUCAGAAUGUGAGAAAAUUGAAGAAACACCAAUUGAUGAAAAAAAUGUGGAUAAAAAAGCAAGACCUGUCGAAACUAUAAAUGCUGGAGAAACAACAACGGGAGGAUAUCCAACAGAACAGCCUCGGCUGCGCAUUUGGUACUCUAUAUGAUUUUGCAAAGUAGUUUCCGUUAUUCCUGGUUUUGUGAUUUGCAUGGCCGACUUAAGAGAUUCAAUGGAUGCAAUAACCGAAGUUUUAAUCUGUUUAAUUUCAUAAUUUGACUUGAUAAAGCGAAUACUGUCGAUUAUAUAAUCUGGAUUUUCAAAACUGAUGCUUUUGUUGCUAAUAUCCUGGGAAAAUUUUAAAACAGUUUUCAAAAUGAACCUAUUUAAGGGGCGCUCAACAAAAUUUCUGGAUGACAAUGGACUAUACCAAAGAUGGAUGGAUUCUGUAAACGAAGCUUGUUGGUCCAAAAAUUUACUAAAAUCAUUCAAAGAAUGAGAAUCAUUAACUCCAGUUAUCAAAGAAGCUUCUGAUAAUGUCAAAGAUGGACCAUUCCAUAUUUCGGCGUGCUUGUUCAAAGUCUCCACAAACAGAUGAGUCGACCAGUUAAAAUUAUUUUGACCGUGACUUUCUCCCGUUUUACUUGAGCAAAAUAACAAAACUCCAUUCGGUUCAUUCAAUCC